AGGCUCGAACAUGUGGUUGCUGGCGUUGUUGUUCGCUUCGAUCGUCGUGUUGCUGGUUCUUUUUCUCAAGUAUGUGGAUUCGGAUCUCACACUUUUCUACUACGACUGGAAGGAUGAAGCCCCUGGUCUCCUGAGAAGGAAGGUCAUUUGGGUGACGGGAGCCUCUAGCGGCAUUGGCGAGCACUUGGCGUACGAAUUGGCGAGAUAUGGCGCUCGCCUCGUCCUCUCUGGUACCAACAAGGAAAGGCUGGACAACGUGAAAAACAAAUGCCUAGAAACAGGACGACUGACGGAAGAUGAUGUCCUUGUACUGCCCUUCAACAUGACGGACUUGGACGCUCACGAGGAUUGUCUCAAUCAAGUGAUCAAGAAAUUUCACAAACUGGACGUGUUGGUGAACAACGCCGGGCGCUCUCAGCGCGCCGCCUUCGAGGACAUCGCCAUCGCCGUGGACAAGGAGAUGUUCGAAGUGAACGUGUUCGCCCCCCUCCACCUCACCCGGAAGGUGCUCGGACACUUCCUCGAGAACGGAGGGGGACACUUCGCAGUCACCAGCAGCUGCGUUGGGAAAAUGGGUGCGGCAUCAUCGGCCUCCUACACAGCCUCCAAGCACGCGCUGCACGGCUACUUCGAGACCCUUCGAACGGAGAUGUGCAGAAAGAACAUUGACGUCACCGUUCUAUGUCCUGGACCUGUAUUUUCCAGAUUUCUGGAGAACGCAUUCACCGGAACCGCGGGACAGAAAUUCGGUCAACCCACCCUCCCCACGGACCGUCGGAUGCCCACGGAUCGGUGUGGGCGGUUGAUGGCAGUAGCCCUCGCCCACAAGUUGGACGAAGCCUGGAUCUGCAUCCAGCCCUGUCUCAUCUUCUACUACCUGGCCCAGUACACACCCACCUUCUUCAGGAAGUAA